AUGGGUGAUAGAAGGCGCUUCUCUCUUCCGUCGGCGCUUUUGGUGGUCGACAAGCUUGCAAAGAGGUGGCGGCUCUGCUGUACUAGGGCUAGCCAUUUUGGGUCCAGUCAGAAAUCUACGAGGUUAACGACGACAACCGACGCCGCCGCCGCCAACAGCUUGACCACCGACUCAGAGGUUCAAGGACAGUCAAAAUGGCGAACAACAGAUUGCAAUACCGCCGCCGGAACCCGUACGUUUGAAAUUUUCCUUUUCCCUCAGUUUCUGCAUUCGUCGGUCGCUAUGGUUUACGGUGUCCUGUACAACACGCGGUCCAACAAGGUUCGCAUCGUCAAAACCCCUGGCGGUGAGCUCCGGUACCUUCACAUCAAGAAGAAGGGCACUGCCCCCAAGUGCGGUGACUGUGGCAUCAAGCUCCCAGGUAUCCCCGCCCUUCGCCCCCGGGAAUACUCUCAGAUUUCCCGCCCCAAGAAGAACGUCACUCGUGCCUACGGUGGAUCCCGCUGCGCUGGCUGCGUCAAGGACCGCAUUGUCCGUGCCUUCCUGAUUGAGGAGCAGAAGAUCGUCAAGAAGGUCCUCAAGGAGUCCCAGGAGAAGGCUGCUAAGCGCUAA